AUGAAGUACUCUCUGUUCGUCGCCGUUGCCGCGGCUUUCGCCAGUGGCGUUAGUGCAGCAGAUGCUGUCAAGGGCGCUGCUGAAGGUUUCGCCAAGGGCGUAACUGGCGGUGGCAAUGCCGCUCCUGUCUACCCCCAGACGACCAAGCAGCUCAUCAGCUACCUCGCUGACUCUUCCCCCCGCGUCAUUGUUCUCACCAAGACCUUCGACUUCACUGGCACUGAGGGCACUGUUACCUCUACCGGCUGCGCUCCUUGGGGCACUGCCUCCAACUGCCAGGUUGCCAUCAACAAGGACAACUGGUGCGGAAACUACCAGCCCAAGGCUCCCAAGGUUGCCAGCAUCAAGUACGAUGCGGCUGGUGUUUUGGGAAUGACGAUUGGAUCCAACAAGAGUUUGAUCGGUCAGGGCGCCAAGGGUGUCAUCAAGGGCAAGGGUGUCCGCAUUGUGAGCAACGCAAAGAACAUCAUCAUCCAGAACGUGCGCUUCACCGACAUCAACCCGGAGUACGUCUGGGGCGGUGAUGCCAUCACCAUCAACGGCGCCGAUAUGAUCUGGAUCGAUCACGUCACUACCGACCUCAUCUCCCGCCAACACAUUGUUCUCGGCAACGGUGCCAGUGGCCGCGUUACCAUCUCCAACUGCGACAUCAACGGCGCCACCGCCUGGUCGGCCACCUGCGACGGACACCACUACUGGGGAAUGUACUUCACCGGCAGCAACGAUCUCGUCACGCUCAAGGGUAACUACAUCCACCACACCUCGGGCCGCUCCCCCAAGGUCGCCGGCAACACUGUCCUCCACGCCGUCAACAACUACUUCUACGCCAACUCGCAGCACGCCUUCGAGGGUGACGCCGGCGCCAAGAUCGUUGCUGAGGGCAACAUCUUCCAGAACGUUGUCCAGGCCAUGCAGUCCGGCCUUGCUGGCAAAUGGUUCUCGGCCCCUGCGACGCUCAACGCGCAGUGCCAGAAGUUCCUCGGCCAUGCUUGCCAGCUCAACUCGUACGGCACCUCCGGUGCGUUGACUGGAACCGAUACCAGCAUCUUGGCCUCGUUCAGCGGCAAGAACGUUGCGUCUGCUGCCCCGGCCGCAAACAUCAAGAACAUCCCCCAGAUCGCUGGUUACGGAAAGAUCUAA